AUGACCAAUGUCCAGCCCAGGAAAAGCUGUCCCUCUACCCCGUCUAGGAUGGAGACCCCUCCCCCUCCUGCAGAAAGACCUCCGGCCGAGUUCCUGCCCCCGGACAGACCCCUGGCCCAGUUCCUGCCCCCGGACAGACCCCUGGCCCAGUUCCUGCCCCCGGACAGACCUCCGGCCCAGUUCCUGCCACCGGACAGACCCCUGGCCCAAGCCCUGGCCCAGUUCCUGCCCCCCCAGGACAGACCCCUGGCCCAGUUCCUGCCCCCGGACAGACCCCUGGCCCAGUUCCUGCCCCCGGACAGACCCCUGGCCCAGUUCCUGCCCCCCGGACAGAGCCCUGGCCCAGUUCCUGCCCCCCAGGACAGACCCUUGGCCCAGUUCCUGCCCCCGGACAGACCCCUGGCCCAGUUCCUGCCCCCGGACAGACCCCUGGCCCAGUUCCUGCCCCCGGACAGAGCCCUGGCCCAGUUCCUGCCCCCCGGACAGACCCCUGGCCCAGUUCCUGCCCCCCCGGACAGACCCCUGGCCCAGUUCCUGCCCCCCGGACAGAGCCCUGGCCCAGUUCCUGCCCCCGGACAGACCCUUGGCCCAGUUCCUGCCCCCGGACAGACCCCUGGCCCAGUUCCUGCCCCCGGACAGACCCCUGGCCCAGUUCCUGCCACCCCGGACAGAGCCCCAGUUCUUAAGGAGAGGCUCACUGUGGUGAGAUAG